AUGUUUUCGAUUUCAACGACACCAGCCAAACAGUCCGUUAGCGAAACGAUCACAGUUCUCAGCGGUCGUCUCAGCUCUGCGACCCUUCUCGAAGACCGACGGGCUGCAAUACUAGGCUUACGAAGCUUUGCUAAGGAUUUUCCAGCAUCAGUGGCAUCCGGCGCAUUGAGAUGUCUCAUUGGAAGUUUGUCCAAGGACGGCGAUGAUGUCGAUACUGUAAAGGUCGUUUUGGAAACUCUACUGAUGCUAUUUAGCCCUAAUGAAAAGAGUCCUGAGGCCUCGGACGAGGUGAUCCUCUGGCUUGCAGAUGAAUUUACUCAGCGACAGGAGAACAUAACACUACUGUUAGACUUCGUGGAAUCCAAGGACUUUUACUCGCGUCUGUACUCAUUGCAAUUACUCGCCGCCAUAUUGUCAGCUCGGACCGAAAGAACUGAAGAAUGCAUUUUUACUGCACCUUUAGGUAUAAGCAGACUCGUUGCUACCCUCGACGACCAGCGUGAGGCCGUGAGGAACGAGUGUAUUAGUCUGCUAAUAGCUCUCACGCCCACCUCCACGGAAUUACAAAAACUCGUGGCAUUCGAAAGUGCAUUCGAUCGGAUUUUUACCAUUGUGGCCGCCGAUGGCUCGCUUACACAAGGCGGGAGAACUGUCGAAGACUGCUUGAUUCUUCUAGCAAAUCUUUUGCGUCGAAAUGCUUCCAACCAAUCACUCUUUCGGGAAUCCGGUUGCAUCGCAAAGCUGGCUAGCUUGCUGGAAGGCCUGCUGCAGGCACAAUUGUCUGAUGCCGACAUCGCAGAAUGGGCCCAGGCACAGCGUAACCGGAACUUGUAUGCAUAUCUCGCCGUGCUUCGUCUUUUUCUGCUGCCGGGCUCAGCAGGUGUUCUACAGAAUCAGCAGGCCUUUUGGAAGCAGGGGCUUGUUCAUAACAUUCUUCAAUUAGCGUUUUCUCGCGAAGAGGGCCAAGUCGCUAUAAAGGCAGAGGCAUUAACCACUUGUGGUGAUAUGAUUCGAGACGCGAGGCCUCUUCAGGAAACAUUCGCUCAGUUGCUGGUCCCGGUCCCUGCUCCAUUACUUGUUGGCAUGGGGAAAGAGGAUGAAAGCUCUACAGUUACAACAAAGACCUAUGUAAUCGACGGCCUGCUGGACUUGACGCUCAAUUCGUUUGAUCAGACAGCAUUUGAUCUUCGGUUUUCGGCUUGCGAAUGCCUGAAGGCCUACUUCUCAAAUCAUUCAGAAGUCAGGCUUCAUUUUUUGUCCAGAGCAAUCGACGGAUACAUGGCAGCCGCUGAAGAAUCUGCAAACAUCUUGACAGUUCUUCUACGACCAGAUCCUACAACAAGUAUUCGUGACCCUUACCGCCAAUGGUUUGCCUCCGUGAUCGCCUUCCAUUUGAUACAUGAAAACCCUACGGCAAAAGCAAGGCUGCUUCAAGUCACAGAGGGAGACUCGUCUAAGGAUGAGGAGGUCGUCACAAGUAUACAAACCAUUGCUGCUCAUCUCAUCACCAGCAUCUCACGUAGUAAUGAUGCUAGAAUUUCAGUUGGAUACUUGAUGCUGCUACUGGGCUGGACCUUUGAGGAUCUUGACGCUGUGAACGAUUUUUUGGCGGAAGGAAGCAAUGUGCAGAGUUUGAUACAGGCCAUAUCCCAGCCAGUUUCUGGACACGGGGUCCUCAUUCAAGGCCUUUGCGCGUUCCUUCUCGGCGUUGUCUAUGAAUUCUCAACAAAAGAUUCACCACUUUCAAGGACAAGUUUUCAUUCUGUUCUUUCGAAGAGAUUGGAUAGAGAGCAAUUUAUGGAGAGACUCACACGGCUCCGAAGCCAUCCUCUCAUGCGUGAUUUCGAAGUCACACCACAGAAGCAUCACCCAUCCUUAGGCAACAGCCCUCCAGAUAUCUUCUUUGACUCCGUCUUCGUUGAUUUUUUCAAGGACAACUACAGUAGGAUUGGACGCUCGAUUGACAGGGCACCAGAGCUGGAGAUCUCUGUCAUGACAAACGGCGUGCAGAAAGGCAUAUCCCGGGAGUUGGUGGAUUCUCUUCGUAGCCAAGUCAGGGACAAGGAUCGCGCAUUGCAGGAGACCAAGGCCAGAAUAACAUCACUCGAGGAAGCACUUCACAAUCGAGAGGCGCAACAUCGCCUGUCUAGUGAAGCCACCGCAAUUGAGCUAUCUGAACUCAAAGCUUCGUUUGAUAAUGCAGGGCGUGUACACGAGGAACAGCUACGGAAGUUGGCUCAGGAACAUUUAGAAAAAGCGGCCGAUCAGGAGCGCCGUACUGCGUCAGUUCAAGCGCAGCUUACAGCAAGAGAGAUCCAACAUCAAACUGAGCUCGUUCACGCUCAACAGUCUGCAGGCUCGGAAGUUGAGCGCGUCAGGUUACGAGCUGACGCAGAGCUCGCGGAUCUCAAAGCGUCCAUGAAUCGUCUUGAAGCCAAUAAAUCUAAGGCAUCGGAGCUGCAGAAGCUCCAAGAGGAAAAUUCCAGGCUGCUGACGCUUGAGGUUGAGCAGAAAACCCAAGCAGAGACUCGGAAUUCAUAUUUAGAAGGGCAGCUUCGUAUAGCCAGGACAAGGAUAGAGGAGCUACAGCGCAAAGUUGAACGUGUUGAGAAAACGCUGUUGGAAGAAUCUGACUCCAAAAGAACAACUCAGGCCGAGCUAGAUGACCUGCUCAUGGUAUUUGGGGACCUCGAGGAGAAAGUCGCCCGUUAUAAGGCGCGGCUUCGCAAACUUGGUGAGAAUGUGUCCGACGGUGAGGAUGAUGAAGAGGACGGUCUAAAAGAUGCUGAUGGCGAGGUGGAUUGA